AUGAAGUUCCAGGAGGCGUUCCUGCCAGCAGCAGAGACCUCCCCCCUUCCUCACAGGUUUGCACCCGAACGGCAGAGCGCGCGCUCCGUGGUCAUCCACCACGUGGACAAAGUCAGUCUGAGGGUGACAUGCUUCCCGGUGCUUUUGGAAAACUCAUUAAAAUUCAGCCUCAUUCUACUUCUGCUGAUUUCUACAAUGCAUGUGUUCUGGUGUUACCCAGUUCCACCUUCUAAGGUAUCUGGAAAAUCUGAUUACUUUCUCAUCCUACUGAAUGGCUGCCCUACAGGGACGGACAGGAGCGAGGGACUAGAUUUUCUAAAGCCAAUUUUGGAGAAGACGCUUAUGAAAAGGUCCUUUCGCAAUGGAGUUGGAACAGGGAUGAAAAAAACUUCCUUUCGAAGAGCAAAGUCAUGA